UUCAUGUCGUUUUUUUAUCAGCAUCAGCCAUUUGCUGUAUGUUUGGUUUCGUUUCUAAUCUAAACAAUCCACAAAAACCGCACGAAUAAAUAUCACACAAACGCGCGUUCCCGUAAAAUCCAUUAAAAUGGACAACAUUCCGCGUACGCACGAAGAUAUCGAGGCGCAAAUACGCGAGAUCCAGUCGAAGAAGAAGGAAGCGGCCCCGUCGGAAUCGCCGCCCGAAAAGGUGGCCAAACUCGGCGAAGGCGGCUACUUCGACAGCGACAUAUACGAAGGCAAAGGCAAGUACGAAGGGUACGUAACGUCCAUAGCGGCCAACGAUGAGGUCGACGACGAGGAGGAGGACGUCGGAUACACGCACAAGAGACCCGGGCUCGGCGCCCCCGUCGCCCUUUUGAACGAUGUCGCUCAAAGCGACAAAGAUUAUGAUCCGUUCGCAGACCGCCGUAGACCCACCAUAGCGGAUAGAGAAGAUGAAUAUAGACAAAAGAGAAGAAGAAUGAUUAUUUCACCGGAAAGAGUGGACCCGUUCGCUGACGGUGGAAAAACGCCCGAUGUCCAGGCGAGAAAUUACUCGAAAAUUAUGAAAGAGCAAAUGCUGAAAGGCGAGGAAUUAGAGCUCCGUAAAAAAAUCAUCGAAAAAUCCAAGGACGGCUCGCUGAAAGCGUCCAACGGCGACGCCACCAAAUCAGCGGCGCCGAAGAAACGGGGCCGAUGGGAUCAGACCGUCGACGACGCCGUGGCGCCGCAAAAAAAGAAAACCCUCAGCGUAUCGACGAGCAGCAGCGCCGCGACGCCCGUUUGGGAAGGAGACAAAACCCCGGCCGAUAUACGUUGGGACGAGACGCCCGGUCACAAAGGCAGCGAAACCCCGGGGGCGACGCCCGGCCAAUCGACGCGAAUGUGGGACGCGACGCCGGGCCCGGCGACGCCCGGCCGAGAGACGCCCGGCCAUUCGGGCGACAAGAGCACGUCGCGACGCAACCGUUGGGACGAGACGCCCAAAACGGAACGCGAGACGCCCGGCCAUUCGAGCGGUUGGGCGGAGACGCCGAGGACCGAUCGAAUCGGCGCCGAUUUGAUACAGGAGACGCCGACGCCGGGCGCUUCGAAACGCCGAUCGCGAUGGGACGAGACGCCGUCGGCGACGCCCUCGCAGGCGAUGACGCCCGGCGCCAUGACGCCCAGUACCCCGCACGGUACCCCGCACGCUACGCCUACUCACGGUCACGCCACGCCGCUUCUCACGCCCGGCGGUUCGACGCCCGUCGGCGCCAAGGCGAUGUCGAUGGCGACGCCGACGCCGGGCCACUUGGCGUCGAUGACGCCCGAACAACUGCAGGCCUACCGAUGGGAGCGCGAGAUCGACGAACGCAACCGGCCCUAUUCGGACGACGAGUUGGACGCCAUGUUCCCGCCCGGGUACAAGAUCCUGCCGCCGCCCGCCGGCUACGUGCCCAUCCGGACGCCGGCCAGGAAGCUGACGGCGACGCCGACGCCGCUGGCGGGCGGCACGCCGACCGGCUUCUUCAUCCAGCAGGAGGACAAGAGCGCCAAGUACAUGGACAACCAGCCCAAAGGGCAGAAUCUGCCGUUCAUGAAGCCCGAGGACGCGCAGUACUUCGACAAGCUGUUGGUCGACGUCGACGAGGACGCGCUCGCGCCCGAAGAGCAAAAAGAACGGAAGAUCAUGAAGUUGUUGUUGAAGAUCAAGAACGGCACGCCGCCGAUGCGUAAAGCGGCCCUGCGGCAGAUCACCGACAAAGCGAGAGAAUUCGGCGCGGGACCGUUGUUCAAUCAAAUACUGCCGCUGUUGAUGAGCCCGACGCUCGAAGAUCAAGAGAGACAUCUGUUGGUCAAAGUCAUCGAUAGGAUUUUGUACAAGCUGGACGAUUUGGUGAGGCCGUACGUGCACAAAAUCCUCGUUGUGAUCGAACCGUUGCUGAUCGACGAGGAUUAUUACGCGCGCGUCGAAGGUCGCGAGAUCAUCUCGAAUUUAGCCAAAGCGGCCGGAUUGGCGACGAUGAUCUCCACGAUGCGUCCCGAUAUAGAUAACAUCGACGAGUACGUGCGUAACACCACGGCUAGGGCUUUCGCCGUGGUGGCUUCGGCGUUGGGAAUCCCCUCUUUAUUACCGUUCCUUAAAGCCGUGUGUAGAUCGAAGAAAUCGUGGCAAGCCAGGCAUACGGGUAUCAAGAUCGUUCAACAAAUCGCCAUACUCAUGGGUUGCGCGAUUCUGCCGCAUCUGAAAAGCUUGGUGGAAAUCAUCGAGCACGGUCUAGUCGAUGAACAACAAAAAGUCCGUACGAUUACGGCUUUGGGGAUAGCGGCUUUAGCGGAAGCCGCUACGCCGUACGGUAUCGAAAGCUUCGAUUCCGUGUUGAAACCGCUCUGGAAAGGUAUAAGGACUCACAGAGGCAAAGGCCUGGCCGCUUUCCUCAAAGCCAUCGGUUACCUGAUCCCUCUUAUGGACUCCGAAUACGCCAACUAUUACACGAGAGAAGUGAUGUUGAUAUUGAUCAGGGAAUUCCAAUCGCCCGACGAGGAGAUGAAGAAGAUCGUGCUGAAAGUGGUGAAGCAAUGUUGUUCGACCGACGGUGUCGAAUCGCAAUACAUCAAAGAGGAGAUCCUGCCGCAGUUCUUCAAGCACUUUUGGAACCACCGGAUGGCCUUGGACAGGAGGAACUACAGGCAAUUGGUGGAUACGACGGUGGAGAUCGCCAACAAAGUGGGCGCUUCGGAGAUCAUCAAUAGAAUAGUGGACGAUUUGAAGGACGAAAACGAGGCGUACAGAAAGAUGGUGAUGGAGAGCAUCGAAAAGAUCAUGGGGAAUCUCGGCGCGGCCGAUGUGGAUUCGAGAUUGGAGGAGCAAUUGAUCGAUGGGAUUUUGUACGCUUUCCAGGAACAGACCACCGAGGACGUGGUCAUGUUGAAUGGUUUCGGCACGAUCGUCAAUCAACUAGGCAAACGCGUCAAACCCUACCUGCCACAAAUUUGCGGUACAAUUUUAUGGCGUUUGAACAACAAAUCGGCCAAAGUGCGCCAGCAGGCGGCCGAUUUGAUAUCGCGCAUAGCCGUCGUGAUGAAGACCUGCCAGGAGGAGAAACUGAUGGGCCAUUUGGGCGUCGUCCUCUACGAGUACUUGGGCGAGGAGUACCCGGAAGUGUUGGGUUCCAUUUUGGGCGCCUUAAAGGCCAUCGUGAACGUCAUAGGUAUGACCAAAAUGACGCCGCCCAUCAAAGAUCUCCUGCCCAGACUCACGCCGAUCCUCAAGAACCGACACGAAAAGGUCCAAGAGAACUGCAUCGAUUUGGUGGGUCGCAUAGCCGAUCGAGGGCCCGAAUACGUAUCGGCGCGCGAAUGGAUGCGCAUCUGUUUCGAGCUAUUAGAACUGCUCAAAGCCCAUAAGAAAGCCAUUCGAAGGGCCACGGUGAACACGUUCGGUUACAUAGCCAAGGCCAUCGGACCUCACGACGUUUUGGCCACUUUACUGAAUAACCUCAAAGUACAAGAACGUCAGAACAGGGUGUGCACGACCGUCGCCAUUGCCAUCGUAGCGGAGACUUGUUCGCCUUUUACGGUACUGCCGGCGUUGAUGAACGAAUACAGGGUGCCCGAAUUGAACGUGCAAAACGGCGUGUUGAAAUCGUUGUCGUUUCUGUUCGAAUACAUCGGCGAAAUGGGCAAGGAUUACAUUUACGCGGUGGCCCCGUUGCUGGAGGACGCUCUCAUGGAUAGGGAUUUGGUACACAGGCAAACGGCGUGCGCGGCCAUCAAGCACAUGUCCCUUGGAGUGUACGGAUUCGGUUGCGAGGACGCUCUGGUGCAUCUUUUGAACUACGUGUGGCCGAACAUAUUCGAAACAUCGCCGCAUUUGGUGCAGGCCUUUAUGGACGCCAUCGAAGGUAUGCGGGUGGCCCUGGGACCGGUCAAAAUACUCCAAUACACCCUGCAGGGAUUGUUCCAUCCCGCUAGGAAGGUACGCGACGUGUACUGGAAGAUCUACAAUUCCUUGUACAUCGGAGGCCAGGAUGCUCUCGUUGCUGGUUAUCCGAGGAUCAUGAACGAUCCUAAAAAUCAGUACGUUAGAUACGAGUUGGAUUAUAUAUUGUGAACGAUAGGUAGGUGAUUUUUUCCGUAUGUAUUAAUGAUUACAGUUAAAAUUGUGUGUUUUUUUUUUAGUUGUACUGUAUAAAUGAUAAUAAAGUUGUUGUAAAAUUAAUGUAA